AAAUCUGAAUUUUUGUGUAUGAAUCCGUUUUUUUAAGCGGAUGAGAAAUGCUGAAAACCGUUAUAAAUAAAGAGCGAGGCUGUGCGGUCCAGGUUAAACGGAUUAAAGUUCUUAGGCCCACAUAAGUCGAUGGGAUCAAAACAAUUGAAAUAAUCCAAUUCCCCCUCGAUAAUUAGUUGUUGGAUUCGCUUGGUAGGGUGGAGUGUGUACGGUGCGCCUUCGUUGGAGGAAGGGUGGAAUAGGUGGAAAAGCCGGGGCGCUAGUAGCAGGCUCGACUCUCGUCCGCUGUCCACGAACCACGAUUGAGUUUUCGACUGUUUUCACGUCGUUGGAUUGUUCACUAGUUUAAUCAACUAUUAGACCAUAUGGGAAACGAACAGAAGACUAUUAAGAGAUUCGACCGCCUCGGAUCGUAAUUGAUAAUCGCGGCGGUUGUUGGUUGUUGGCUGUUGGCUGUUGGUUGCUGGUGGCGAGUGGCUGUUGGAAACAUGGCAGCGGAGGAGGCGGCGACUGACAACGUUGCCAUCGACUGGGGCAGCGAAAAGCUGCAGAAGGCUCAGCAGACGGUUGACGAAAACAAAUGGGACAUCGAGGCCUGGGGGCUCCUCAUAAGGGAAGCGCAGAACCGUUGGAUCAACGAUGUCAGGCCCUUCUUCGAGAGGCUAGUCACCACUUUCCCGACGACGGGAAGAUAUUGGAAGAUAUAUAUCGAACAAGAGAUGAAAGGAAGAAAUUUUGAGCGUGUAGAGAAGCUUUUCCAAAGGUGUCUCAUCAAAGUGCUUAAUAUAAAACUGUGGAAACUUUACCUUGCUUACGUUAAGGAAACAAAAGCUGCCCUUUCUACUUUUAAGGAAAAGAUGGCACAGGCUUAUGAUUUUGCAUUAGAGAAAAUAGGAAUGGAUAUCCAAUCUUAUAGUAUUUGGAAUGAUUAUGUUAUAUUUUUAAAAGGAGUUGAAGCGGUCGGUUCCUAUGCCGAAAACCAAAAAAUAACUGCUGUCAGAAAGGUAUAUCAGAGAGGUGUCGUGAAUCCAAUGCUGAAAAUAGAAAACCUAUGGAAGGACUACAUGGCCUAUGAACAGGGUAUUAAUCCGAUCAUCGCGGAAAAAAUGGCGAUGGAAAGAAGCAGAGACUACAUGAAUGCACGGAGGGUUGCUAAAGAAUUUGAAGCGAUCACGAGGGGGCUUAGCAGAAGCAUUCCAUCAGUACCGCCUACGGGGAGUUUAGAAGAAAUAAAGCAAGUUGAACUCUGGAAAAAGUACAUUGCAUGGGAAAAGAGCAACCCUUUGAGAAGUGAAGAUACAGCGCUUGUGACGAGAAGAGUCAUGUUUGCUUUUGAGCAGUGCCUACUUUGUCUUGGUCAUCAUGCCGAUAUUUGGUAUGAAGCAGCUCAGUUUUUAGAUUACAGCUCUAAAGUCCUAACAGAAAAGGGGGAUGUCACAUCUGCUAAACUUUUUAACGAUGAAGCAGGGAACAUGUUUGAAAGAGCUACCAGCACUGUUUUAAGGAAUAACAUGCUUCUUCACUUUGCGUAUGCUGAUUUUGAAGAAGGCAGAUUGAAAUAUGAAAAAGUUCAUCAAAUAUACCAAAGAUUUCUUGAAAUACCUGAAAUUGACCCCACACUUACUUAUGUGCAAUACAUGAAGUUUGCGAGAAGAGCUGAGGGGAUAAAGUCGGCGAGGAACGUAUUCAAAAAAGCCAGGGAAGAUGUCAGGUCUAAAUACCAGGCGUUCGUCGCUGCUGCUUUAAUGGAGUAUUAUUGCAGUAAAGACAAAAAUAUCGCAUUUAGAAUAUUUGAAUUAGGUUUGAAAAAGUUUGCUAGCAACCCACAGUAUGUUUUGUGUUACAUUGACUAUCUUUCUCACUUAAAUGAGGACAACAACACAAGAGUUCUAUUUGAGAGGGUUUUAACAUCAGGGAGUUUAGAACCAGAAAAGUCUGUAGAAAUCUGGAACAGGUUCCUUGAGUUUGAGUGUAAUAUAGGAGAUUUAGCAAGUAUAGUUAAGGUUGAAAAACGAAGGAGUGCCGUGUUAGGAAAAAUAAGAAGCCAAGCUCGUGCCGCUCAUAAAAAAGACGCCUUAAACUCAUGUUCCAAUAACCUUUCCCUCAACUCCCUGAACUGUCCUUUGACUUCCUUCCUUGUACCGAGAUUGGUAGAAAAUGGGAAUGAUGAUUUGCUCGAACAGAUAGCUGAAUUUGAGGGUAAGGAGACAGCACAGUUAGUUGACAGAUACAGAUUUUUAGAUUUGUAUCCUUGCACAAUAGCAGAAUUAAAAUCAAUUGGCUACAAUGAAGUGACAACUAGAACAACAAAUUUGAAAAAUUCGAUACAUUCGACUGUCCCUGGAUUUUUAGCCGAUGGACUCGACGACGAGGGCACCCAAAGGCUAAUACCAAGGCCUGAUGUGUCCCAGAUGAUCCCAUACAAGCCGAAAUUGAGUGCAUACCCUGGAGAGCAUCCAGUGCCUGGCGGAGCAUUCCCGAUGCCACCUGCAGUCGGGCAUUUAUGUUCUUUACUGCCACCUCCGCAGUGCUUUCAUGGCCCAUUCGUUGCAGUAGAGCGACUAAUGGACAUAUUCGCUAAAAUUCAAUUACCUGAAACUCCUCCUACACCUCAAGGUGAUAAUGGCUGUGACACUAGAUUGUUUGAACUUGCUAAAUCUGUCCACUGGGUAGUUGAAAAUGAAGACGGCACAAUAACAAAGCGACGCAAACUUGGUGAAGACAGUGAUGAUGAAGACAAUAUGGCGCCGCCGAUUAAUGAUAUUUAUCGAUUAAGACAACAGAAACGAGUUAAAUGAGUUCUUUUUCAUUUUUUAUAUUUAACAAUAGGGUGUAAAUAUUAAUAUAUUAAAAGAGAGGGGGCAAAAUCGAGGAACAUAACUACUUCCGUGCAUAUGCCUUUACUAUUCAAUGUAAUCUAGAUAUUUCCACAGGGGAGCAUAUUUUAUGUUGCUGUUUAGCAAAUGUGAAAAGAAAAAUAUAUUAGCAGAAAAGGUUUUGCUAUUUAAAAUAUAUUAAUGGGUGUGAUUUCUUUAUAACUUAUUGUUCUGGAAGCUUUGAUCUAAAGCAAUGAUGUAUAAAAUAAAACAUUGUAAACCUU